AUGCCAGGAAAUGUUCAAAAUACAGGCUUAUUGUUUAAAAAGUCAGACACGACUAGUGAAUCGGAUAUACAAACUACUAUGUCGAGGGGUAGUAUGAUGAUGGCAGCGAUCCAUGAUGAAUACUCAGAUCUAGAAGAAGAGGAAGAAGAGAAUCAGAAACCUAUAGAUCAACCUCUUUAUGGAGAAGAACUUAAUAGUGAUAGAUCUGACAAUUUCCAGAAGUAUGGUAUUGGGGCAAAAUUAUUAAUGAAGAUGGGGUAUCAAAAAGGAAAAGGUCUAGGGGUAAAUCAGGAAGGAAUAAUAAAUCCCAUUGAAACCAAGCUACGGCCUAAAGGAUUAGGUGUCGGGGCAGUCAAAGAGAAAGUGCAAAGUAACUAUUCAGAUAGCGACGAGGACGAAUUGGGUAUAGAUUUUAAAAACAAAUCUGUAAAGGUGACAGCAUCUUCUUUAUCAGAUAAAUUGUAUGAUACAAUCAUGAAGUUUGAGAAACUAAACAUAAAUUUGCCUUCACAUAUUAGAAUUUUUUUGGAUCAGAGAUUAUCAUUGCUGGAUGAACUAUUCAUUCUGAAAGCAGAAGCUGUUCUUGCGAGUUUAAAUGAUAUCUAUGGAGAAGUAACUAAAAUCAUUGAUCGAGAGAAUAUCGUGGAAUAUCUGAUAGGAGAACUCGAGAAAGCAAACGAGUCAACUACAAUAGAAAACUUGCAAAAGAUAAAACAGAUAUUAAAGAACGCUUCAAGUAAUGAGAUAACAAGUGAAGAAGCAUCAAAAGCGUUAUUAACAAAUUUCCCCCUGGAAGCCAGUGCAGCUUUGGCAUACCUUUCAUUGAAAAGAGACCAACUAGAACGGUUGACAGAUGCUUCAUUUUUUGAUUUACUGUACCAAAAAGAGAAAGCGAUUCCCACUUUGCAUAGUAUUAGAAACGAAUUCCUGCAAUUUGGCGCUGAAUCCUCAACAGCACAUUUAGAUAAAUACUUGUACAACAAGUAUUCGAAAAUUAUCAAAAAAAUACUAUAUUACGAUUCAGUGGAUGAAGAAGAAGAGGAUAAACAUAAAGAUAUACUGAAUCAUGAAGUCUUGUUAUCUGUCCUAUCAUCGUGGGCGAGCAAUCCAAUAUUUGUAUUCCAAGAAAAGCGAAUGACUCAACUUGCAACAAAUAUAAUAGUUCCGUAUUUGAGAUCAGAGUUUAACAUAAUUGAUAAUGAGAACAGAUCAAUUUGCAAUCUUCCUGAAUACUUAUUAGAUUUUAUAGCAAUCUUUUGUAACGAUGAAUUGGGUAUUUUUGAACAAGUCUUUUUGGAAUAUGUGGAUAGAUACCAAAACUUUCUUGAUUUUGAAGUUCAUGGUUCUUUGUGGGAUUUUCUGACCCUGAAAAGACAAAUGGAGCAAGCAAUCAGCAUUAUCAACGAAUUUAACAAUAAUUGGGCACCAACAGUUACCAAGUUUCUACCGAGAAAAGUCGAAACGUUUUACAACACUUUUUUCAGAUCAUUUACCAAAUGGCUAGAAGUUCUCCUGUUUGAUGGCGCAAAUGACAUCGCAAGAAUUGAUAAUGCCUUUUUAUUGUUCAAAUAUGUCGAGGGCAAAGAUUUAUUAUUUUUACUACAAUUUCGGAUUUUCAAUCCGUGGUUGCAAAGGUUGCUUCAAACAUUCGUCAAUGAACCACAAAGUGUUCCCAAAUGGUAUAGUUUCUGGUACUCAUAUUUUGCUAAUAAGCUACAAGAAUGCAAUAAUGUCACCUCAGAAACCAUUAAUUGGUAUUUGAACAAAGCCUUGGAUAUGAUUGAAGCAAAGUUCGAUUCAGCUGUAUGCGAAUCUGUCCCUAAGUUGAAUGGUAGUAUGCUACCAGAUUGUGAGGUAUUAAUAAGCAAUUCUAGAAACGUAAAGGUAAAUGUGAAUGGGAUACCAUCUUAUCAACUAAGCACUUCAUUUAAAGAUGUUGUUGCCCAGUUUUGUUUACAAAAUAACAUAUUAAUGAAACCUUUAAAAAAUGAACUACUGUUACAAAAGGGGUUCCCCGUAUAUCAGUUUAAUCAGAAUGACUUACUGAACAAAAAAAUUUAUGGAUAUAUUGACGAUGAUGUGUUAUGGGUGGGAAAAGUUGACGACGAGGAAUUCGUGCCAAUCAAUCUAGAAAAUUUGACUAGUUGCAUACAAUAA